AGCCUAACCUUAAAUGUACGGACUUCUGGUUGAUAUUUAUGGUAUGGAUUGGAUGUAUGUCGGCCAUCUUGUCUGCAUCAAGCUGAAGGUCAUAAACUGGUGUUAUAAUCAUUAGCCAACCACCGCUGCAUGCUAGCUCUGUAGCUAAGAAAUCGGCAAAUCAUAACUGAUCAGGAUGGAUCCAGACCAACAACUGAGGAAUCUGAAGGAUUUCCUUCUGGUUUACAAUCGCAUGACGGAAAUCUGCUUUCAGCGAUGCACGAGCAACUUCAACUACAGAAACCUUACCAUGGAUGAGGAGCGCUGUGUGGACAGCUGUGCAGGAAAGCUUAUCCGCAGUAACCACCGCCUGAUGAACACAUAUGUGCAGCUGAUGCCUCGGAUGGUGCAGCGGCGGAUGGAGGAGAUGGAGAGCAAAGCUGCAGAAAAUGCCAAGGCAGCUGAGGCUGCUGCUUCAGCAUCCAUUGGACCUCCUGCAACAGAGGCCUCACUGGAAUCUCAAACACUGAUCACCUCAUCUCCACCUCCACAAGCACCUCCACUGACUGAUGUCUCACCAGAACCCUUCGGCUCAGUCCUAACGCCAGUGGGAUCAGAUGUUCCAGCUGGCUUUGACGCCGUCAUGCCUGCAUCCACAGCAGUAACAGAAGUGAAAAUAUCAGCUGCUGCACCCCUCACACCUGCCUCUGAAGCUGUAAACCUGUCAGUGCUUAAUGAAGCUGGAAAUGGACCAUCUUACACAGCAGGCUUUUCUCAGCUGCCCGUAGCUGAUGCUCAAAUUGAGACGGGGAGCUCAGCACCUGCGUUUACGCCCUCUAAAUCCACGUCUUCACCAGUUGAUGUGCCCGUGUCAACGUUAGCUGCUCCCACAGUAUCCACAGAGAGUAUCCCUCUGCCAGUCCUAGAGAAAGCACCAGAAGCCCCCCCACCUUCUGGACAGCAAUGAUGCCCAGUGGGGUUUGUCUUAGGUUGUCAAACUGUGAGCAAUAUUUCCCUGACUCUCAUUUAUAAAACCAUGAUAUCUUUGUGAAACUCAUUACUGGCUAUCUUAAACUUUUCUGUAUUCUAAAAGAAAAUAUUCUGAGUACAUUAACAAAAUAUAGGAUAAGAUAACUUUUUUAUUUGAUAAAGUAUUCAAACAUUUCGUGGCUAAAGUCUCAAAGAUGAAUAUGUUCAGUUUGUAUUUGUUUUUAUAUUUAAAAUCCAAACUUUCUUGAGGUUGUUCAGUAUUGUUUGACCAAAUUAGCAAUUUGAAGGCCUUGUGUUUCAAUCUGUCACUAAUGGACAAAAUCACUCUUUUGAUGUUCCUUUUUUCAGGUAUAUUUUUUUACAUUCACUGACUGUAAAAUUGCUUUUGAAUUUGUUUUCAAUCCAACAACCUAUGUUCUCCCCAACAAAAGUUAUUUAUAUUAUAUGAUAGCUAGCACUGCAAUGAGGGCAGAAAAGUAAAAAUGCAGUUGUUAAACUGCAAUGUUUUGUGAGGUGAUGAGAGCUGAAAACAGAUGUAUGUGAGACUGUGUGUGAAACUGAAGUUUAAAAGGAUUUUAGAGAUGGCAGUGGUUUUACAUGUCAAAGCGUCACAAGAAUCUGAACUCUUAGAGGCAGAUAGAGCUCAAACACAUUACUGAUUAUAAUUUGUAAAGUGGCAAAGUCAAUACAGAAAUACAGUGUUCCACUAUAAUAAAAAUGUGAAUACUCACAA